AUGGAAGACGCAAUGGAAGAGAUGAGCUCUAACCUAUCAAUAGAAACAGACAUGAUAGAAGAGAUUUUGGUUACAUUGCCCGUGAAAACAUUGACCCGUCUGAAGUGCGUCUGUAAAUCCUGGAAUAGUUUAAUCACAAAUCGAUCUUUUGCUGAAAAGCAUUUCAAGCAUCACUCGCUAAAGAGAGCUAAUAAGCAAGUUCUGAUUUUUCGUACUGUGGAAACAGAGGUGGUUUCCCUUCAUUCGUACGAAUCUCUAAAUUUAGUUGCACCACCUCUACAAAUUGCAAAAAAGCCCUAUUCGGUAAGGGCUAUCUCGACGCCUUGCAAUGGGUUGGUUUGUUACAAAUACUCGAACAACAAGAAGAUUAAGUUGUGCAACCCUUCGACUAGAGAGUUUAAGCUACUCCCUCCGAGCCAUUUCCCUCGACUCUAUGGAUACCACAGAUGUAGUAAUCAUGCAAUCGGAUUCGGAAUCCACAACAAGGACUACAAGGUAAUUUCAAUUGCAUAUUACCGUCCUAAAAGCCAUGUCCGCAACAAACUCAGGCUAUUCAAAGCUCGAAUUUACAGCUCGUCUUCCAACACUUGGAGAAGCACCUCCCACGACCCCCCCACACUAGUAAAUAAUAUUGGCAUUGUGCCCACGGUCAAUGGGCGUUGCCAUUGGAUCUCGUACCAUCACAAACUACCAAGGAGACAGUUCAUACUUUCUUUCGACAUGCACAACGAGAUGUUUCGUCCUAUGGAGUUUCCUAGGGCAUUCAAGUUUUCAUCCAGCAGAAAUCUUCUUCGAGUUUUGGAUGGAUCUCUUGCAGUGUACAUCGAUUGUGGCGUAGCCGUUGAUAUAUGGGCGAUGCAAGAAUAUGGGGUGGUCGAAUCGUGGACAAAGAAAUUCAAGAUUCGAUAUGCGUCUGAUUCAUGUGGGGAUCCCUUAUUCUUGUGGAAGAAUGAGAUCCUUCUUAUGGCGAGUUUUGGGAAGGAUCACAAAGUGCGGUUGGCGUGGUCGUAUGGAGAUCAAAGGUUUGAAAUCGACGGCAAGAAUUGGACAUUCCAAGCCAUGCUUUACGAGGAAAGUUUGAUAUCCCUAAAGUGA